GUUACUUCCUCGAUGCUGUGCUGACUUUAAAGAUAUCGAUCGCAGUCUACUGUUGCUGUAUUUGUUGUGUUUAAACCCUGUAGAACGGCGUGGGUGCUACACAUUUCCACCGAGCUGGCGAGGUGAAACGCCAUAACUCACAUACAUUGACUAAACGACAUCAGUGAAAAACAUAUCCCUCCUGAGCAGCAGGAGUAUACCUCCAGGAUGAAGCAGGAGGAGCCAUUGCCCCCUCACAUCAAAGAGGAAGAGGAGGAGCCACAGCUACCCUACAUUAAAGAGGAAGAGGAGGAGCAACUGCUCCCCUGCUUUAACAGGGAAGAAAAGGAGCAACAGCCCCCCAUCAUUAAAGAGGAAGAGGAGGAACCGAUGCCCCCCAACUUCAAAGAGGAAGAGGCUCACAGCAUCAGUCAAGGAGAGCAUGUUAAAGAGUUGGAGGAGUUCCCAGAGAUCGUUGUCAUUGUGAAGAGUGAAGAUGACGAGGUCAAAGGUGAAAGUGAAGAGAAGAGAAAGGUGGAGCCUCCGAGCAGUAGCUCAACUCAACACAUGACAACAGAAGCUGAUGUAGAACACUGUGGAGGAUCACAAACAGACAACCUCUUGGCUCCACUAUCAGAGAGCGAUGACACAACAUCAGACUCUUCUGACACUGAUGAUGAAGACUAUAACGUUGGUAUGACAUGUCACUCUGACGACAUGCACUUUAAAUGCUCUCAAUGUGACAAAACCUUUAAUAGCUGUAGUAGACGAAUUAUACACAUGAGAAUACACACUGGAGAGAAACCAUUCACAUGCUCAGUUUGUGGUAAACGUUUUACUCAGAAAGGACAUUUGACAACACACACAAGAAUACACACUGGAGAGAAAUUGUUUACCUGUUCAGUGUGUGGAAAAGAUUUUGGACAAAAGGGUAAUUUGAAUGAACACAUGAGAAUACACACAGGACAGAAACCAUUCUUAUGCUCAGUUUGUGGUAAAAGUUUCACUCAGAGUAGAACUUUCACAAAACACAUGAGAAGACACACUGGAGAGAAACCUUUUUCAUGUACAAGCUGCAACAAAAGAUUCAGUGAGCAAACAAACCUUGUAUCACACAUGACAAUACACACUGGAGCAAAACUGUUCACCUGUUCAGUGUGUAGUAAAGGUUUUGUACAAAAAGUUAAUUUGAAAGAACACAUGAGAAUACACAUUGGAAAGAAACAAUUCAUAUGCUCAGUUUGUGGCAAAGGUUUUAUUCAGAAAAGAUAUUUGAUCAAACACAUGAGAACGCACACUGGUGAGAGACCGUUCAUAUGCUCAGUUUGUGGUAAAAGUUUCACUCAGAAAGGACAUUUGACAACACAUAUAACAAUUCACACUGGAGAAAAACGGUUUACUUGUUCAGUGUGUCGUAAAGUUUUUGGACAAAAAGGUAAUUUGAAAAAACACAUGAGAACACACACAGGCGAGAAGCCGUUCACAUGCCAAGUUUGCGGCAAAAGUUUCAAUCAGAAAAGAUAUUUGGCAAAACACAUGAGAAUACACACUGGUGAAAGACCUAUUUCAUGUUCAAGCUGCAACAAAAGCUUUAAUGAAUGAAUAAACAUUGUAAGACACACGAACACACUGGUGAGAAACAAUCCUCAACUCAGUUUGUCGUAAAAGAUUCACUUAGAAAGGAAAUUUGACAACACAUUAGAACACACACUGUAGAGAUAGCGUUGAGUUGCAAAUACUUUAAAGACUCUUUAUUGUCAAUUCCUCCAAUUGUGCAAGACAUAAGGAAGAAUGAAAUACAGUUUCUCUUUCGCAUAAAAUCUCCCAGUGUGGAACCGUAAAAUUUGUGUCUUUUAACCAAUAUUUAACAAAAAUAACACUAUUUAUAAGACAAAGUGUGCUGGUAAGAACAGCAGCAGUCACUGAAGCCUACAUAAAAUAAAAGUAAACAGUGAAGAUUUAGUGGUAAUGUUAUUGUUAGUAACUAGUUAGUAGUUACCACAGUGUUAAUUACUGUUAACCCUAUGUUGGUGGAUUUGUGUCUUUACUGAAACAUGUUUUUCUGACACUGGCACUUGUGUAACUAAAUGUUUUGCAUUUCAAGCUUGUUAACUGAAUUUCUUUACAUCAAAUUAUGCUGAUAAUUUCAUUAAAUAAACAAUUGUGAGCAAAAUUUGUUUUAAAAAAUUCUGUUUGAUAAAAUAGUGUUUUAAAAAUUCUGUGUAAAAAACAUCAGUGUGUAAAAAUUCAGUGCAGAAAUAUUCCUUGCUUCAAAACUCAAGACCCACUUUUGGUACAUCAAGACUGACACAAGCGAUCCUGUCUCAGAACCAGCCAAUAAGGUGUCACGUUUGCAGUCAUGUGACUAGGGUCUUACAAAGAGGCAGGUUAAGCUGCACUACUGCUACAUGUGAUCUAUUGAAUGUGCUUUCAUCCCUUUUUAUGAAAACUUUAAACAGUGGAGGUUGCUGUGCAUUAGUGAAAAAAUCAGUGUAAAAAUGCAAUAAACCAAAUUAUUUGAGAAAUCAGACUAAUUUAAUGCAUGGAAAUAUAGUGAAUGUGUUAAACACAAGCUUAUUUAUUAAUUUUCAAUGUUUUUUGUUGUUGUUUUUACAUUAAAUGACUAUUGUUAUUUUCAUUUGUGUUGACUUGAAGUCAACUUCAGCAGACACAGUGUAACUGAAGGGUAAUGACACCUCCACACCUGAGGGUGGCAGUAAUACCGUAGAAUUCAGCUUCAAUUCGCCAUGAAGAAGGUCAAUCUAGCAACAUGUGUGUCAAACUUGUGGUCCCUGUGGGCCACAUCGCAGUUAUGGCUGCCCCUCAGAGGGCUGCUUGCAACAAGGAAUAAUUUAUGUAUGUUAAUGUAUAGUGAUUCACCUCAUGAUGUUAUUAUACGAUUGCCUAUGCAUUUUAUUUGUUUACCUACAUUGUAAAAAAUAUGUUUUGAUUUUGCAGGAAAAAAAUAGCAGCUCAGUUUUCACAAUUUUACUGAAAAAUCCUACAGUGUUUUUUUUCUGCUAUAGUUUUUUUCCAGUAACAUUCUGGCAACUGGGCUGCCAGGUUUUUACCAUUAAAUCUAUUACCAUUUUUACAGUGUACAAUUUGAUGAAUAACUUGCUUUGAAAUCAUAAGUUAAGCAAAUAUUUAUUAUCGUUAUUUUUAUUUGAACUAAAACAUGUUUGAAAUGUUUGAUAGCAUAUUGUUGCAUUCACAUAUAUUACAAUUUAAAAGAUGUUAAAUUGCAUGCAUUACAUGUAUUUUUUCUGUCAAAAUGUAAAGAAUGAAUACAUUUAGUAAAAAAAAAGAUAAAGUACUUUAUUGGCGCAUAUUAUUUCAAGGCUUUUGCGGGCCACAUUAAAUGAUCUGGCAUGCCAGAUCUGUCUCCCGGACCUUGAGUUGGAUACGUUGAUCUAGCACAGGGGUGCUCACACUUUUUCUGCAGGCGAGCUACUUUUCAAUUGAUCAAGUCGUGGGGAUCUACCUCAUUCAUAUAUAUAAUUUAUAUUUACUUAUUUAUGAAAUAUAUGUUUUUGUUAAUAAGUUAAAGGUGUUUAAUGAUAAUGCAAGCAUGUUUAACACAUAUAGUUAAUAUUGUAAAUAAAUUAAAGGUGUUUAAUGAUAAUGCAAUCAUG